UGUACCAUCCGCAGGUAAAGAACGUCUGUCAGAAUGCCUGGGCAUUACACCAGCAGAGGCUAAUGCAUUUAUAGAGCGGUUUCUUCAGAAGUACAGAGUAUCAGACUUUACACAGAGAGUUAUACACCAGUGCCACAAUAACGGAUUUGUGGUCUCUCUUAUGGGUCGCAAAAGACCACUACCAAAAAUCAAUGCCCAGAACUACAGCUUGAGAGCUCAAGCAGGAAGACAAGCUGUGAAUUUUGUGAUUCAAGGAUCUGCUGCUGAUCUGUGCAAAAUGGCCAUGAUUAAGAUUUCGGCUUCAAUUGCAGCAUCUUCUGUUAUAAAUGCCAGGCUUAUUGCUCAGAUCCAUGAUGAAUUGUUGUUUGAAGUUGAAGAUUCACAAAUCUAUCAAUUUGCAGCACAUGUUAAAGAGAUCAUGGAGUCAUUGCAGCAUGUUAAAGGAGUUGAGUUAAAGGUUCCUUUGAAAGUGACUCUAAGCAGUGGAAAAUCUUGGGGAUGCAUGACUGAAUUACAAGGCAAGUACAGCUGUUAUUCAGUUCCUUUGAAAGUGACUCUAAGCAGUGGAAAAUCUUGGGGAUGCAUGACUGAAUUACAAGGCAAGUACAGCUGUUAUUCAGUAACUCGUACUUAUCUGCCUUACACGGCUUCUGUGCUGAAUCACUAA